GUAAGAUUUUUUUUGUACCGAAACAGUAGUAUUUGUUAAUAGUUGAGACUAAAAGAUAUGUCAUCUCUUUAGUGUAGCUUGGACCUUCAUAUUGCGCCAUUAUUUUGUUGUUGAUUGUGAAAGAUGGAUGGAUCGGUGAACUUAUUAUAGGACAAAAUUUCAUCUCCUCAAAGAUGGACACCAAACGUUCACCAGAAUUCGAAUUCUGUAUGCUUCAUUCUUCGAAACCCAACAUCCUCCCCGCCGAUCAACUCUUUCUCCACGGCCUCAUUCUUCCUCUCCAUCUUCUCUCUACUCAAAACAAACCCCACCAUCAUUCAUCCCCUUCCAUACCCGACUCCACCUCCAUCACCACCACCACAACACCUUCCCACCGCUGGAAAGAUAUCUUCAUCAAAAAGAAGAAAACCAACAACGCAGAAGAUAAACUGAAGAAAAAAGAUAAAAGACUUUUUCGAAAGGGUGUAUCUACUUCACCUGAACUUAACAUUAAUAUAUGGCCUUUCUCUCGGAGUAGUUCCGCCGGUAACUCUGUAAUCCGACCUAAAUCGGUUACCCGGAGAGUUAACAGCGCGCCGUGUUCGAGGAGCAACUCCGCCGGCGAUUCAAAGUCAAGGAAGUGGCCGAGUAGUCCGGGGGUUCAUCUUGCAAGGAGCAGUCCGAUUUGGCAGGGUCGGCGUGGAGGGUCAGGCGUGAAGAAGACAGAAGCAAUGUAUCUGAAGCAGCGGCGGAGUAGGGUGGGUUCAACCGGGUGCGGUGGUGGAAUUCCAAUGUGUAGAAGUGAGGUGAAGAGUACUGUCAGUGGUAAGCUGCGCACAUUCUUUACCAAGAAAACCGUUCUAACAUCUCACUAGUUUCUUUCUCUUUUUUAUGCCACCCUUUUCUUUUUAUUACUAUUCUGUAAAUUAAAUUCUAGUUUUUUUUUUUUUUGUGAAAUAGAUGUGGUAUUUAUUACUGUUUUUGUUUGUAUUGCAUAAGAAAAAUGUUUGGGGAAUA